AGUUGGUUCAUGACCAUCCAAUGCGUUGCCAAGUUUUAUCAGCAAAUGCAUUAAGAACUAAUAAUUGUAAUUCUGGGACUAAUUUAUGUAUUUAUUUUAAAAUAAGUAUAAGUAUAAUUUAUAAUUUGCUUAGCUGCCUCGAUACUUAGCUGCAUCGUCAAGAUAGCUGCCUGAUAUUUUCAUUUUUCUGCAUCACGGUCACUUUAGUAUGAAAAUAAUUACGUUUGGUGCACCCAACUUAGCAGCCUUCUGUACUUAAGUACAAAUUUAAGAAGAUGUUAAAAUCAAAACGCGUAACUGGUUUAACAAUCAAAGAAAAGCUGCAAAUUAUAGCAGCUGUUAAAGACAAAGUCGACAAAAAGAAACUAAGUGCUAAAUACAAAUGCGAUAGGUCUACAAUAAAUCGAAUCAUUAAACAACAAGCCGAAAUUGAAAAGACUGCAGCCGGGUCUGAUCUAAAGCGAAAGCGCCAACGAAAAGGCGAACAUGACUUAGUGGAAGAGGCGUUGUACAAAUGGUUUGAGCAACAGGAAACAAACAACGUAAUUCUUGAUCGGCAUGUAAUUUUAGCUAAGGCAAAAGAGUUUUGUCAAAGGUUCAACGACGACUAUGAACCUGAUGCCAACUGGCUUUGGCGCUGGCGUAAGCGUCACAACAUAAAAUCUGGGAAAAUUCAUGGUGAAAUUGCUGCGAAUGAAUAUCAACAAGACAUUUUACCUGGAUUAAUUAAAGGCUACAAUCCGGAGAACAUUUUUAACGCUGACGAAACUGGCCUAUUUUAUAAAGCAAUGCCAACUGCAACAUUUUACACUUGUGGAAACCAGAGAAGUGGCAAUAAAUCGCAAAAAAUUAGAAUAACAAUUUUGUUUAUCUGCAAUGCGACUGGAAGUUAUAAAAAAGCAUUUCUAAUCGGCAGGUCAAAAUCCCCUCGAUGUUUUAAAAAUGUCAAUUUGCCACUGCCGUAUUAUGCCAAUAAAAAAGCAUGGAUGACUAGCGAGACUUUUCGACAAAUAAUCACACAAGUUAAUGCAGAAAUGAAAAUGCAAAAUCGAAAGAUAUUGCUCUUUAUCGAUAAUGCAACAAGUCAUUCUGCCGUAAAAGGAUGUGAUCACAUUAAGUUUUGCUUUUUGCCAGCAAAUACAACGGCUGUACUGCAACCGCUUGAACAAGGCAUUAUUCACUCAUUCAAACUGGAGUAUAGACGUAUUUUGGUCAAAGAACAAUUGAUUGCUGUAAAUUGUGGAAAAACCACAAUUGAAUUUUUAAAAACACUAUCUAUGCUGGAUGUUGUUCACUUCAUAACUCAAGGAUGGGCGAAAGUUAAAACUACAACUAUUCAGAACUGCUUCAAGAAGGCGGGAUUUAAUAUAUGCUUUGAUGUCAUCAAAAGCGUUACUGAUGAACCGCAACUCGUGGAGACCGUAUUUGAUGCUCAAAUUAAUUGGGAAGAAUAUGCCAAUGUCGACGCAGAUGUUGCUUGCCACGGUCAGUUAACCGAAGAUGAAAUUGUGCGGUCUGUUCUUGAAGAUGACAAGACAAGCAGCAGUGAAAGCGAAAGUGACGAGGAUAGCGGUGAUAUAAGCCGCCCCACUAUCCAGGAAGGUUUUUGUGCGGUGAAGAUUCUUAAAAGCAUUUGCAUGAUUCACAAAUGGGACGAAUUUUUGCCAACACUGAAUUCUUUGGAAAACAAAUUAUUUGAUCACAAUAUCAACGCAACAGACAUAAAAAAAGAAAAAUAACAGACUAUUUUAAGAAUUAAUCAAUUAAUAUUUUCUUAACAAUAGUUUAGACAUUGAAAUGAAAAUAUAAUUUGGCUAAAAAAGAUACAAAAUGUAUAUGUACUUUAUUUGAGCUAUAGGUAAACUUUUUUUUUGUUUAAAAAUUAAAAUUAAAAUAGCUGCAUCGAAGUUGCGUGCAAAGUACUCGAGGCAGCUAAGCAAAUUAUACUGUAAUUUACCUUUCACCCUUUCC